AUGGCAGGUAAUUUAGAGAGGAUAUUUGAAAAAUGGCAAAGUUCAUUGAGCGAACCUGAUGAUUUCAUUUGGAUUCAAUCAUCAAAGAAUAAAGUAGACCUCCUAUUUAGAGGUGAUGAAAUUUCUAUUUCAUUUCCUUUAGAUGUUAGUGACAUUAAACAAUUUCACUUUUCAAAUAGAUCAAAUGACCAAUGGAUUGCAAAUAUUAAUAAAGGAAUUCAAAAUGAUUCAUCAAUUGUAACAUUCUCUGAUGUGUUAAAUUUGGCAGUUACCCAACAUGAUAGAAAAAAUCAAUCAAUUAAAGAACCAACUAAAAAAGCAAAACACUCAAAUGAAGAGGAUAACAGUGAUGAAGCUACAGAGGAAGAUGGAGAUGAUGAUAGCAAUAAUAUUAAUGAAGAUGAAGAUGGCAAGGGUGAAGAAGAUGAUGAUGAUGAUGAUGAUGACGAUGACGACGAUGAGGAGGAAGAAAAUGAUGAUGAUUUUGAUAUGGAUGAUGAUAAUUUCGAAAAUGAUGAAUUUCAAGAAGCAUUGCAAACAUUAAAAAUGAAAAAGAUAUGGGCAAAGAAAGAUCAAGAGAUUAGAGCAAAAUUAGGCGAAAAGAAAAAUUCAAAAGUUAAAUCAAUCUUCAGUAGUGAUGCUGCUUUUGGUGUUUUAACAAAUGAUUUAUUUAGUAUUAUGCAAAAUGUUCACUCAUUAGGUUUCUCAGCACAACCAAUUGAUGAUAAUAUUUAUUUUUGGUCUGUUAAAAUCUUUGGAUUUGAUCAAGAUUCAAAAGUUUAUGGUCAACUUCAACAAAUUAAAAAAGAAUUUGAAUAUGACUAUGUUGAACUUCAAGUUUUAUUUACAGAAGAUUUAUAUCCAUUCUAUCCUCCAACUAUAAAAAUUAUUAGACCAAGACUUCAAGUUUGGGAUAUGAGAUACCUUUUAAAUCAUUUGAAAGAUGUUAUUGAAAAACAUGGUUCAUUCGAUGUAAAUAAUCCAAUGAAUGCAUUAUCAAGUACUGGAUCAUAUUCCUCAUUAAAACACUUUUUACUUAAAUUGGAGAUUUUAAGUGGAAAUUCACCAAGAGCCAAUCUUAAAUAUGGGCAUGAUAUUUCAUUACCAAAAUUAUCAACAAGUAAUAAACCAUCAUCACCAUCAUCACCACCAACUACUACUACAACUACCACCACUACCACCACUACCCUUUCUACAAAUGGUGAGGAUAAAUCACCAUGGGCAAAAGGUACUGGUUAUGGUAGAGGUCAAGCAAAGAGUGGUUGGAAUGUUGAUGCAUUUUUAGCAGCACAAAAAGAAAGAGACUCUGAGAUCAUUUCAUUGGUAAAUGCAAUCGAUUCAGAGAUUAGAAAUUCAAGUCCACCAUUUGACGUUUUAGAAGAGUCAUGUCUUUUGCCAUUCAUUGAAACUUACUGUAGAGAAUUAUCAUUAAUGGAUUUGGAACGUCAUUCUCAAUUAUUUAGUGCACUCUUUAAAUUGAUCUCUACAUUAUUGGAUAGGGAUCAAUAUAUUUCCUUGUUUUCAUUAUUACAAUUUCAAACUACAUCUUUGGGUGAUCAUAUAAAUGAAUGUUCAAAACAGGUUGAAUUAUUUUUAAAAAGAGUCGAUCAAAGUCCAACAUUACCAGCUGCCUCAACUCCAACUUCAUCUGUAACUUCAAGUUUUAGUAAUAUUAUUAAUUCCAUUACAUCAAUAUCAUCAUCAUCUUCUUCUUCUUCCUCUUCUUCUUCGAGUAUUAUACCAAUUACAAUUAUAAACCCAACAACAACAACAACAACCAAUGCAAAUAAUCAAUCAAAUUUAGAAUUACAAAGAUUUAUAAUUACAAUAUCAAAGAAAAUGAAUGAAAAAUUGAAACAAUUUAAAGAUGAGGUUGCUCAAUUAGAAGCAAAUAGACCAUCAAUACAAUUAUCUGGUAGUGUUGAUUCAACUGAAAGUAUUGAAAAGAAAUAUUGUCAAGCUAUGAAACCAUUAUUAUUUGAUACUUCAGAUUUGAAAACUGUAAAAUCAAAUAAAACUAGUACUCAAUCUAGAACCAUUCGUAUCGCUCAAGAACAAGGUUCAAUGAUGAAAUCAUUACCACUCUCUUAUGAGUCUUCAAUCUUUGUUAGAGUCGAUGAAAAGAAUAUCGAUGCAAUGCAAUGUCUUAUCACGGGUCCAAAAGAUACACCCUAUAGUGGUGGUUGUUUCUUAUUCAAUUGUACUUUUCCACAAGAGUAUCCAUCUAGUCCACCCCAUGUCACCAUUUUAACAACUGGUGGUGGUUCAGUUAGAUUCAAUCCAAAUCUCUAUAACAAUGGUAAGGUUUGUCUAUCACUUCUUGGUACUUGGGCUGGUAGUUCCGGUGAAACUUGGAAUCCAAAUACUUCAACACUCCUACAGGUUUUCAUUUCAAUUCAAUCCUUGAUUUUAGUACCUGAACCUUUCUUUAAUGAACCUGGUUUCGAAAGUCAAAUAGGUACAAAGUCUGGUAUUGCUUCUUCCUCAUCCUAUAAUCAUAAUCUCAUUCCUUCCACUAUUCAAUAUGCUAUGAUCGAAAUGAUUCAAAAUCCACCACCACCAUUUAAAGAUGUCAUUCUUGCUCACUUUUUCUAUCAAAAAGAUACUAUCAAAAAACAAUGUGACGCUUGGGUCAAUGAAAUUAAAGAAGCAAAGAAAGACUAUGCUAAAAUUUUAAAACUUGUAAAUACUUUAAAUACUUUAUUAAAUAAUUUAAAAGAACCUGUUGAUUAA